UUGUGAAGGCGUCGAAAAUGUCGUUUCCUGUCAAGGGUUGAACUCGCCGAAAAUUCUGGUAAUCAAUGCUACAUUUGGAAGAUAUGAUGGAUCCACAUGCCCACAUUCGUCUGUUUCGUCUUUUACAUCACCAUGUACCAUGACUGCUACAGAAAAGGUAAAACUAUUGUGCCAGGAUCAAACAACAUGUUCACUAACUCCUUCAAAUUCUGAAUAUGGUGGCGACCCGUGUCCAGCAAUUUUUAAAUAUCUGACGAUUUAUUACAGAUGUUCAGUUGAAGACUUCUUUAUCAACGAAUAUUAUGAGCAAGAAGAACAUGAGGUUUUACAUAAAGUGUUACUGACAACAGAUGCAAUGUCGUCCAUUGAUUGUGCUAGGACUUGUACGUUCAAUAUUGACUGUUAUGGAUUCGAAUACAAACCAGAUGAUCUCACUUGCAAUAUUGUCUCAAGUGUAACAAUUGGUUCUGGUAAAAUAACUUAUUUUGUAAAAUGUACUUAAAAGUUCAAAAAAAUAUGAA